GGAGUUAAUUGGCGUAACAACAACUACUGGUUAUGGGCAGGCAGCCUUGUUGUGACAAACUAGGCGUGAAGAAGGGGCCUUGGACAGCCGAGGAAGACAAAAAAUUGGUCAAUUUUAUUCUGACUCACGGCCAAUGUUGCUGGCGCGCCGUCCCCAAGCUCGCCGGCCUCCGCCGUUGCGGCAAGAGUUGUCGACUUCGCUGGACCAAUUACCUCCGGCCGGACUUGAAACGAGGCCUCCUCAAUGACGAUGAAGAGCAGCUUGUUAUUGAUCUGCAUGCCCGUCUUGGCAAUAGGUGGUCCAAAAUUGCGGCAAGACUGCCCGGAAGAACUGAUAACGAGAUCAAGAAUCACUGGAACACCCAUAUCAAGAAAAAGCUUAUUAAGAUGGGAAUUGAUCCUGUUACACAUGAGCCUUUACAGAAACCAGACAACCCACAAGAGGCAACCUGUCAAACAAAUGAUCAGCCAAAUCUUGAUCCUAAACAACUAGAGUUGCCUAAAGAUUGUGGCCAUGUCUCUUCAACUACUGAUGAAUUUAGCCCUCCAACUGAGAAUUUCUCGACCGAUGAAUCCAGGUCAUCAUCAGAGUCUGGCAGUGAUGUUGACCCCUUGAUAAACUUAAUAUGGUCAGAGGCAUUUCUCAAUGACCUGACAUGGAACUUCCCUUGCCCAGAUUCCAGGGAACUAGAAUACAGUGAACUUGGGUUCUCUUCAUCGGAGGAAAACUCCUUUUCAUGGUUGUUGGACUAUCAAAAUAGUGGAGAUGAUCAUCAAAGUUUCGGAUUUGGUGGCUUCAGUGAAAUUGACAUCAAUCCCCUUGGCAAGUACUAGCAUGCACCUAAUAGAAGUGCCUCUUUGCACUCAUGUAAAAAAAAAAAAAAAAAAAA